AUGAAGCUCUGGCUGCCCCUGCUUACCGUCUCAUCGUCUCUCGUUGGUGGGGCGUGGCUCUAUCGCUCGCACCAACAGCGUCUCGCGCAUCGCAAGUACCUCCGCGGCCUCGUCCAACCGCAGCAGUACCGUGGCCGACCGGUGGUGAUUGUACUGGACAUUGGAAGCUCCUCGAUUCGUGCCAGCUGUUUCGCACUCGUAUCGAAAGGCCAAUGGGUCCUCCUCAAUAACUCGUUGCAACAGCAGCACGAGCUCUCAAUUGACGUCCAUGGAGAAGCGAAUUGCGCAAAGAUUGAGACGAUCGUGGAGCACGUCGUGGACCAGACACUGGCUUUUCUUCGGGCGGUGGACCUCACGCAAGAGCUCGUGGGUGUGGGUUUUAGCACCUUUUCCAUGAACUUGCUGGGCAUCGACUCGAGCGGGAACGUGAUAACUCCCGUGUACACGUAUGCUGGGCGGAAGCAGGCGACGGCCGAGUGGGCAAAGAGGCUGCAGGAGAAACUCAAGGCUAGUGGGCAAUUGGACGAGACGCACAAUCGCACAGGAACGGUGGUCCACCCGUCGUAUGCCCCCGCCACGUUCUUGCGUCUUCACGAGGAAGAGCCAGCUGUGGUGGAACGUAUUGCCAAGUGGCAAAGUGUUUCCAGCUACCUGAUCGGUAAGUGGACGACCACCGCGCAGAGUGAGGGUCUUCCUAUCAGCUUCUCGGAGGCCUCGUGGAUGGGACUGCUCGAUUUCAGACGCGGUGAAUGGGACUCGCGAAUACUUGGACUCGUUGGAAUGGACAUGAGCAAGAUGCCGCCAGUCGUGGACUCCUCGAUGCCGUUUGCUGGACUAAACGCGAAGUUUUCGAGACGCUGGCCCGAGCUAAACAAGGUGCCGUUCUUCCUGGGUGUAGCCGAUGGUGCAGCAGCUAACGUCGGGUCCAAGUGUAUCGGUGCAUCGAGAAUCGCAGUGACCAUUGGAACUAGCGCCGCGCUUCGCGUUAUGCUGAAUGCAGAUGCAAUGAAGACUGCUAAAGUGCCAAGGGGCUUGUGGUGCUACCGAAUUGGUAAAGAUCGAGUACUUCUCGGCGGGGCGCUCAGUGACGGAGGGUCAGUCUACAAGUUCUUUCGCGAGUCGCUUCGACUAAGCAACGAAGACCUAUCGUCUCAGCUGGAAAAGCUCGGCCCAGCGAAGCAUGGUCUCAUCGUGUUGCCGUUCUUGAGAGGUGAGCGUGCACCAGGCUGGUGUGAAAGCGCGACGUGCACCAUCAGCGGCAUUAGCAAGUGGACGACUCCCAUCGAAAUUCUGCGCGCUGGCAUGGAGUCGAUUGCUCUCCGUAUUGGCGUACUGUGCUCGCUUCUUGCGUCUUUUGCAGACGUGAAUGCAACAGUCGUUGUAAGCGGGACUGCGCUUGCGUCGUCUCGAGUUUGGCGACAAAUGGUAUCCGACAGCUUGGGAAAGAAGUUGAUUCUCGAAGCAAGUACUACCGAAACGACUUCACGUGGUCUUGCAGUGCUAAUCGGCACCUACUUGGGCUUACAUUCCCUUGAGGAGUCCGGGUCGUUUCAAGAGCUGACAACGCAGCUGGAAUACGCGCAUCCUGAUGCAGCAGCACAUGCAGCGUACCUUGCGGCACGUCACGAGCAGGAAUGUCUGUACCGGAAAGUGUACUCAGACAUGUGA